AUGAUAGGAAAGUGACACAGCCACCCUCCCCUCUCACCCGAGUCGAGGCGAGCCCCCCCUGACAGCAUCACCGACAUGCCCCGCAAGGCUGGACGCACUUAGCCGGUGCUGCUGGUCGGCUCAACGACAAAACACGACAUUUUGCAAGAUAUUCGACGAUCGCUUUUAUUAUUAGCCACAAGGUUGUUAGGGCUGGUGUGUCUGUGAACAUAAUCAGCCAUGGCGUCAACAAAUGUUACACUGGAAAAUCAGCUGCACAGUGCACAGAAAAACCUGCUCUUCCUCCAGCAGGACCAUGCCAACACGUUGAAGGGGCUUCAUGCAGAGAUCCGCAGGUUACAGCAGCAAUGCACAGACCUGACAUACGAGCUCACUGUGAGAAGCUCUGAUCCCUCAGACAGCAGCGAAGUCCGAUGCAAGGAGCUGCAGAGAAGAUGUGAGGAGCUGGAGGCCCAGCUAAAGAAGAAGGAGGAGGAGAACACAGAGCUCCUUAGGGACCUUGAGCAAAAGAAUGCUAUGAUCUCUGUUCUGGAGAACACCAUCAAGGAGAGGGAGAAGAAGUAUCUAGAGGAGCUCAAGAUGAAGAGCCACAAACUGGCUGUGUUGUCUGGGGAGCUGGAGCAGAGAGCGAGCACUAUAGCUUACCUGACCUCUCAGCUUCAUGCCACCAAGAAGAAGCUGUUAGCUGGCAGCUCGUCUGAGGCCAGCCCCAACGUUAGUCCAGUCACCUCCUACAAGCCCACUCCUCCCCCUGCCAAGGACAGGCAGCCUGAAACCCCGCGACGUCGCAUGAAGAAGAGUCUCUCUCAGCCUCUGCACCCUGAGUUAACAGAGGUGUAUCGGCUGGGGCCGGAUGGUAGACGGCUGGUUCUGCGGGAGACAGUAGAAGCCAUGCCUGACCCCACACCUUUCCUACAGGCUGGGAGGGACUCUCCUGAACCACAGGUCGUGAGAGAACGUCCUGCUGUUAUCCCCCCUAUUGCCUCUGAGCGCCCCCCUGUAGCUCAUCUCGGCGCCACAGCCAGCCCGCGUCACAGCCCAGCUCGGGACCGCCAGUACAGGGCUCAUGUGGGUGUUGCACACCGCAUCCCACAUGGCACCCCUCCACUGGCUCCACCGCAGGCGGAGCUGGAGACUUUGGCGGUGGACCAGGUCAAGGAGGAGAAGGUUGUUCGGAAGCGCUCAGGAGCUGACAGGACAGUUUAACACUGCAAUGCUAACACGCAAAUAAACACACACACAGACACACACACACACACACACACACACACACACACACACACAUCUACUGUAAACACACAACACUGCAAGAGCAGGACGGAGCCUGACCCACUGUGUAGCCUGCUUUCUACGCAACACUGCAAUAUGAAAAGAACAAAACAUAAUCAUCCUUUUUUUAUGGUAUUCCAUAAAAACUUGUUUUUCUUAAUAUACAUUCAAAAAAGGACGACUACAAAGCAUGCCAAAUGUUUCUUUAUCACCCAUUGAGAUUGUGUAUUAUAUACAGCUUGAAUUUUUGCUUAGACUUUUAUGUCAUUCUGUCUCCUUCAGCCAAAUAUCUGCAUCAGUGCCUGCUCCACCUGUUCAAACGUACACACGCUGUGUAGAGUAGUUAAGGCUUACAGUUACCAUUACAGGUCUCUAUCUGCUUCAUCUUAAACAAUAGUCUGGACAUAUCAACAAGUAUAACAAGAUUUCUGCAGCUGCGUAGGGUAGAACUGAUAAUAUAAACUGAACAUACUCUUCAUACUACGUCUGUCAUCAUCUCGUCAUAUCGGUAUAAUAACUGUAGGUUAAUGUUACUGUAGGUAUGAGCUGCUAAAUGUGCAAGAAGCACUUGUGGUGCACAUGUGUAAAUGCAGUAUGAAAACGAUGGUGAACAAGCAGUGUUGUUUGUGUCCGAGAGAGUGAGGGAGAAGGGUGUGUGAUACAAAGCGAGACACUGAAGGCCUUUGAGAGAAGUGUGGACUUAUACGAUAUCUCUUGAUGUUAUUUGUGAUACACGGGGAAUUUUUAAAACACUGCUGUAAUAGGAUUUUGUGAUAUAACCUACUGUUCUUUAUAAAGGCUGCACAUUUGUAAGGAAUUCUUUUUUAAUUUAUUGUUUCAUAGAGAACACAAAAGCACCUCAGAUAUUGACAGAAACCACUGCAACAACGACAUGACGGUAAUUAUACUCGAUUAAUAACCUGCUUUUCACAGUAAUAUCACCUGUCCUUGAAGUAUAUGUAUAAUUCAAUACAAUAAAGCAAUGCUUUUUUUGUU